AUGGCUGACACGGAACAAAGUUAUUGGGUUGAUAGUGAUGAAGUCGAUGAUGAUAGUGUAGAUGCACAAUUUGAUGUCAAUGCUGAAGAUGGGGUGGAUGAUGAGCGUAAUGUGACUCUUGAAGAUUGUGUGAAUGUCGAAGAUGGGUUGAAUGUUGAAGAAGGAGUCAAUCUUCAAGAACAAGUGAAUGUGGAAGAUUCGAGUAGUGGGGCUUUGGAGCCAUUUAUUGGUAUGAUAUUUGACGAUGUCGAAGACGCCCAAUCAUUUUACAAAGCUUAUGCAAGACGGAAAGGUUUUGCAAUUCGGACAAAUCAUACUCGAUUGUCGAAAGAUGAGAAAAAACUUUGUGCAAUAGACUAUGUUUGCACAAGGGAAGGAUUUCGGCGGGUAAGUCGAAAAGAAAAAGAAAGAACAGUUCCUGAGAUUGCUGAUACCAAGAUUGGAUGUAAAGCAAUUAUGAGAGUAAAAAAAGAUGGUGAAAAGUGGAUGGUGAACAAGUUUGUGGUUGGACAUAACCACAUUCUACUUACACCAAGGAGUGCUAGUUUGCUCCGAGGAAAUAGAAAGGUUACUAAAGUCCAAAAAAAACUUAUCAUAACUUUGAAUGAGUCCGGUGUACCGACAAGAAAGAUUAUGUCAGUGUUGAGUAAAGAAUCAGGUGGUGACUUCAAUGUUGGCUGUAUUGGUAAGGAUGUUGAAAACUACUUGGGAAACAAGAGGAGAAAAGUAUUUGAAGAGGGGGAUGCACAAAGGUUAUAUUCUUACUUUCUUGAGCGACAACUCACAGAACCUGGGUUUGUGUACUCCAUGCAAGUUGAUAAGGAUGGGUGUAUGGGAAGUUGUUUUUGGGCUGAUGCGCGAUCAAGAGCUGCAUAUCAGUAUUUUGGAGAUGUUGUUACCUUUGAUGCCACAUACCUGACCAAUGUGUAUAAGAUGCCAUUUGUGCCAUUUUCUGGAGUUAACCAUCAUCAUCAGACCAUAAUGUUUGGUUGUGCGUUAUUGGUUAAUGAAACAGCUGAAUCAUAUACAUGGUUAUUGAGGACAUGGCAAGAGGCAAUGCUUGGUAAAGCUCCUGCAACUAUUAUUACCGAUGAUGACAAGGCAAUGGCAAAGGCAAUUGCAGAGUAUGAAAAGGCAAUAGAUGCACGUUACUUUAAAGAAAAAGAGAAGGAUGUGCGGACAAGAUCUACGCGGGCUAUAUUGAAGACACCUCUUAAAAUUGAAGAGGAGGCGGCAAUGGUUUAUACAAGAAAGUCUUUCAUGAUCUUCCAAGAUGAACUGUUCAAUAGUUUACGGUACAAAGCUACAAAAUUAUCUAAAGAGGGUGAAAGAAAGACAUAUGGAGUGGUAAUAAGUGGUAAAGAGAAACCACUUUAUCAUGUGACAUUGGAGAAUGGUGAAGAACAGACAACAUGUACAUGCCAUAUGUGGGAGUUUAUGGGGCUUCUUUGUCGGCAUAUCUUGUGUGUUUUUGGCAAGAAAUCGAUGUUAGAUAAAUUGCCACAGCAUUGGGUAAAAGAAAGAUGGACUAUUAAUGCUAAGGCUCGACCCAUUCCUGACAUACCAUUAAUGGAAGGGCAAGUUCAGGUAGGACAAGAUGAUCCUAUGAUGAGAAAAAGCAAGUUGAUGAUUCAACUUUAUGACAUUGUUGAACUUGGCUCACAGUCAGCUAAAAAACACAAUCAUCUAUGUCUUGCAUUGGAGAAGGUUCAUAAAGAGUUACUUGCAAUGGAAGAUCAUGGAUUUGGGGCAAGCAACUGA